UAACACAACACAACUCAGUGGAAUACAGUAAUGUAUCUGUUUAUUGCAGUCAGCUGGACUUUUGUAGGUUUUGUGAAAUUCGUGCUGGGAUAACAGCAAAAUUCUUCUUAUUAUUUUUUUAAGUUCGAGUUGACAGACAUAAAGAUGUAAAGAUCUUGAGAUUAUUAACGCCGUGCUGCUAUUUUUAUCCUGCAGAAGUGGACUGCAGCUGCCGGGACGUGAGUGUUGACCAACUACAGCAUUAUUACAGAAUUCUGCUUAUUAUAGAACUUAUAUUAAUACUAGCGCGUGUGUGGGCUUGAUAGAGUCACGUGACUCGGAGGCAACGUCAGUCAUCAAUAUAAUCAUCAUCAUCAUCAUCAUCAAGUCAGUUAACGAGCGCGCGAGCCGCUUGACGCUUAUGGGCUUCCCCCCAGUGAAACCCGCCUCGCGCGCUUCCGUCAUUGGGUUCCAGUCGCGCGGAGAAUGCUGAAGCCGCUCCGGUGAUGGAGGCGAGCGCGCGCCCCCGUUCCUCCGCGUGCCUGCUGCUCUUCUUCCUGCUCGUGCUCUGCGUCUCGCCGGCUUCCUCCUUCCUGAACCCGUUCAGCGAGUGCACGCAGAGCCGCGGGAGAGGCGCGUCAUACCGCGGCUCGGUGGACGUCACGGAGUCGGGCGCGCGGUGCAUGAACUGGAGCGAGGUGAGCGGCGUGACCGCGCGCUAUCCAGGCAAAGGACUCGGCGAGCACAACUUCUGCAGGAACCCGGACGCCAGAAUCCGGCCCUGGUGCUUCUUCCGCAACGCGCGUGGACGCGUCGACUGGGGCUACUGUGACUGCAAACAAGGCUCUGUGCGCCUGCAGGGCGGCAGGUCUAAGCUGGAUGGGACAGUAGAGGUGUACAUGAAUGGUGCGUGGGGGACAAUCUGUAGCAACAAUUGGGACGACAGAGAUGCUCAUGUGGUGUGUCGACAGCUUGGGCAAGGGUAUAAAGCACGUGCGCGUGUGAGCUCCCUAUCUAGGCUGCCUCUGGCUGUAGUGCACUGGAGGACGAUAGGGUGCAGCGGGGAUGAAGCCGACUUGCUGCAGUGUCCUCGAUCGGUUUGGAACGGAGGAGAGUGCGCUAACCAACAGGCCGCUGCUGUCACCUGCACUCCAGUGGAGGCUGCUUCAUUCGUGCCAGUGCGUCUUUCUGGAGGAGCGACUGCAUACGAAGGACGAGUGGAAGUGUAUCACGCGGGGCAGUGGGGCACAGUGUGUGAUGACCAGUGGGACAAUAAUGAUGCUGAGGUGGUGUGCAGACAGCUGGGCCUGGGCGGCACGGCUAAAGCCUGGGUCGGGGCGUAUUUCGGCGCCGGUGUGGGCCGUGUGUUGUUGGAUGAAGUGAGCUGUACAGGAAAUGAGCUCUCUAUAGAGCAGUGUCCGAAGACAGCCUGGGGAGAACACAACUGUGAUCACACUGAGGACGCCGGAGUGUCCUGUACACCACUUACAGAUGGAUCGGUGCGCCUGAUGGGUGGAGCAGGAGGAUUUGAGGGAAGGCUGGAGGUUCACUAUCAAGGUCGCUGGGGAACAGUGUGUGAUGAUGGCUGGACAAGCACCAACACACAGGUUGUCUGCAGACAACUGGGCUACAGGUCAGGUCAGAGCGUGAACCCGGAGCGUUUCGGCGUGCCAUCAGGGCCGAUUUUACUGGACGAUGUGAGCUGUACAGGGAAAGAACCUGCACUCACACACUGCGCCAAGAGAGAGUGGCUUCGACACGACUGCAAACACACCGAGGACGUGGCUAUAGUCUGCAGCACCCUACGCACCGGACAUGGAGUGCCUACCGGUGUACCGGUUCGACUGGUGGGCGGUGAGAACGAGAGAGAAGGACGGGUCGAAAUUCUAGUGGCCGGGCAAUGGGGGACGAUCUGCGACGACGGAUGGACAGAUGAGGAUGCAGAGGUGGUGUGUAGACAGCUGGGCUACAGUGGUGUGGCCAAAGCUCGUGUCAUGGCGUAUUUUGGAGAAGGACACGGGCCUAUUCAUGUCGACAACAUGAAGUGCACAGGUGCCGAGCGCUCGCUGGCCGACUGCAUCAAGCAGCCAAUAGGAAGCCACAACUGUCGCCAUAGCGAAGACGCCGGAGUCAUUUGUAACUAUGGGCAAUGGGGUAACAGCACCCAGGUCAAAGAUGUCGUGAGCUCUGUGUGUGGUCUGAGGCCUGCACAUACUCGGAGGAAGAGGAUCAUCGGUGGACAGAACUCGCUCCGGGGCGGGUGGCCAUGGCAGGUUGCGGUGCGACUGCGCGGGUCUCAGUCAGACGGCCGGCUGGUGUGUGGAGCCACUCUGAUCAGCAGCUGCUGGGUGUUAACAUCAGCACACUGCUUUAAGAGGUACGGUAACAGCACUAGCACGUACAAAGUACGUAUCGGCGAUUAUCACACCCUCGUUCCCGAAGAACACGAGGACGAACACGGCGUGGACAGAAUCGUCCUGCAUCCUCGCUAUCAUCCACAGAGCAACGACUACGACCUCGCGCUGGUGCGCCUGACACAACAUGGAGGUCACAGAGGUCACAGCAGGGAGUGUGUGCGCCAGACUCACGCCGUACUUCCUGUGUGCUUGCCAGAAUGGAGGGAAAGAGCGCCGAAGGAUUUGACUAAGUGCUACAUUACUGGCUGGGGAGAUACGGGUCGUGCGUACUCUAAAACCCUGCAGCAGGCCGCCAUCACGGUCCUGAGCAAGCGCCAUUGCGAGCGUCACUAUGGCAACCAGCUGACCAGCCGCAUGCUCUGCGCUGGCUCUGCCCUCAAUGGUCACCAUGUGGACAGUUGCCGUGGUGACAGUGGCGGCCCAUUGGUGUGCGAGAGAGGUGGUAGCUGGAUUGUGUACGGCGUCACGUCCUGGGGUCACGCGUGCCGACUGCAAGACUCUCCGGGUGUGUACACCAAAGUGUCCGCCUUCAUGCCCUGGAUCACGAAGAUCACUAGCCAGUAGGAGACGAGAUCAACAAAAAAAAAAAAAGCACAGAGAGCGAGGCGUUCUUACCGGUUUAAGACGGUCAAUAAGGGUAAUUAUGAAUUAGAAUCAAAGGACGACUUUGUUACAGUCUGUAAUUACGGAGCAUUACGCGCUGUUGUAUUGAAAACUAUGUGAUAACUAUGUUGUCUCAUGAGCACAGCCUCACAUUUUACCCGACGUCUGUUUUUUUUUUUUUCUAUCACUUGCCGUAUAGGGAUUUGGUUAUAGGGACCACUAUGUAGGGACACAGGGAACUACGGAGCAUGAAAUAUAGAUAAGACUAGUUAGUUCAUGUAAAUUCAUAUUACGUAUUAGGGUUUCAAUCUCGUGGGAUUUGAGCGCUCUGCCAUUGCCAAGAAAUGGACAACAUUACUGUAGUGGCGACAUCGUUAAUGCCUCUCUGGAAAGAUGACAUCAUUUGGAGCGUGUGAGCUGUGUGAUGAGCCAAGCACUGGGAUUUGACGCAUCUUAACAUCAAGCGGGGAGCAAUGUACUUUCACAAGCUCGUAAAGACGUUUGCACUAAAUUCUCAAAUUCUCAAUGAGCACAAAUUAUAUUCUCAGUAAGCACAAAACACACACAUAUAUAUAUAUAUAUAUAUAUAUAUAUAUAUAUAUAUAUAUAUAUAUAUAUAUAUAUAUAUAUAUAUAUUAUGAAUCAACACCUUCUGACCUUCUGACCAAUCAGAUUUGAGAAUUAUAAUGCCAUUUGAACUUUAGUGGGUAGAUCACUAACAAAGUACCAAAGAAUUUUUGCUACAAUAAAAUAAGCAACGAAAAAAUAAAAUAAAUAAUACAAGUAAGCUUUAAUAAAAAUGCACAUCCACAGGAGUAAUCAGUCCGCUAAUCAGCUUGAGGCAUUUAAGAUGCACGCAGCAUUAAGACAGAUUUAGCAGACCUUUGUCAUGUCCUGAAAAAAAAUAAAUAAAUAAAAAAUUGUGCUACACAAAUCACUCAGAACAAGUCAAGUUCAUUUUGCUAAUACAAUUUGAAGAGUCAAACUAAGCCACACCCACCCAACAAACAUGACAAUGUUAAAUUAGCAUGUUAAGUUUGCUGAUACGUACUGAAUAGUGAGAAUCCUCUUGUAGGACCUGCAGGAAUGUAUACAGUACAUCCAAAGCAAGGCAGGUUCUAAUCAUAAAAUCAUAAAAUAUCACAACAUAGCCUAUGAUUAUCUUUAUCCACUGUUUGACAACAAACACUGCCAGUCAAAAGGUUUUUUUUUUAAUUAUUAUAUUAGAGCUUACUGUAAUAAUAGGAUAAAAAUAAACAAGUGUUCCAUCUAUAUAGGAAUAUUUGUAUUUAAGGAUUUUGUCCACUGUAACAGAACUCUAAAGGCCAUGAUUAGAGUUGUUGACUUAUGUCAAUAUUUAUGCGUGGAAAGUUACGUGCAUUCAGAGUUGAGUUCCACACCCUACUUAAGCUGAUGUUCCUGGCUCCCUAUUCAGAUUAAACAAAUCACCUGUGUGCUUUUCAUGCUUGCAAGUUUGCCAGAGUUUUCUUGAGUCUUGAAUAGAAAUGUCCAAGAUGGGAUUUAAACAUAAGCUUGGGGAAAAAAAAAAUGUUGGAAAGAAAAUGCAGACUGAAGAAGCAGAUAGCAGUAGGCGGUGGGGUGGAGGGAUUCAGUUGCGGUUUGCUGUCAAAUGUGUUAGGAUAUAAAAUGAAAAAUAAAAAGACUAAUAUGAUGAUAUAUACUGAAUGAAAAGAUGGUAAGCAUUGAAAGCAUUGAAAUAAACACCUAGCCAAGUCUAAUCUACUGCCGAUCUAUAACUGCAUGAAUAGUACUAGUUGAAAUGAUCACAUUAAUUACCAUAAAACUGGUUUAAUCUAACAAUCUAACACUUUCAUUGUUCUACAGCUUAUAAAUUAUGAUAUUAAUGGUUUAUUAAAUGCAAAUGCGCUUGUUUGGUGAAGGAUUUAUUGUAACACUGUAAAUUACAGCAAGUCAAAUUGUUUUACAGUUAAUAUUAUACAGUUAGUAAUAACUGUAUCACAAAUAUAGUUAUAUAUCUGUUCCUUACUUAGAGUUUCUAGUUGUAGAAGAUUUAACUUGAACUCUUGAAGUUUAACCAGACAUUUUGACUGGCAGUGUUUAUCAUAUGUUAAAAAUUGAAAAGGAAAUGUGAUUACUCUGGUGUUACUAUUAAAUAUUACCAUUAUUCAAUUUAUAUACACAUUACAGACAAAUUUCCCACCAGUCUUCCUCACGAGAAAGACAUUUGGGUGUUAAUAUUUUCUCUAAAUAUAUAAUCUCUAAUUGAAGCUAUACUGUAACUUGCUAAUCUUGCCUUUACUUUGAGAUGAAGUCAAAAAUUGAGAUAUACAUUGUCAUAUACAACUUAGUAUUUAUAUACUUGUUAAACAAUUUUAUCCAUGUCAUGCUUAUUCCUAGCACAAUGUUUGAUUUUACAAGCUUUAACACUAAUAACACUGUACUGAGUAAACCAUUACCUCAUUUUAUUCACAUUACAGUUAUAUCUAAAAACACCAUGCCUGGGCUCAGUGUGUGAAAUUUCUAAAUGAACAUUGACCUAUAAGGAUAAAACCUCACUUAAGAUGUUUACAUGACUUUUUUUUUUUUCAACCUCUGAAUGAACUUCUGCUUUGUGUAUUGUACUGUCAUUUGAAUUAACGACAAUCAAUCAGUUACCUAAUGUUAAUGUUAAUGUUAAAGUUAAUGUUUCUAUUCCAUAUAUCAAGUUCAUUCUCUGUGCUAUUGCUUUAUUACGUUCACUGUAACAGUGUAUUGGUGCAUUGGUGCUAUUACGAAUGUUCUGGAAGUCUUACAUCGCAUUGGUGUAGUGCAAUAUGAAUAAAAGUAACAAUUCUUUCGAACAAAUGAGAACAUUUUUUUUUAGCGAAAAACUCUUUCUCUUGCCAGUUUCAAUUUUGUAAGAAUUUGCACACUCAUAUGUUCAAAAUGAUUAAGAUUAAGUUGAAAGUCAGACUUGUAGCAACCUCAAAGUUUUCCUUAACUUUGUUUUCUGAGGGUUUUUUUUACUUUAACGAUACAAAAAUCCAAUAAAAACUCCAAUAAAAGAAUCUCAAUGAA